CCUUUGGGGAGGGUGUAUAGUGUGAAAGGCCGAAACACCCUAGGAACCAAAGAAUCUCAACACCAAUACCUCUGAACUGAUAGCUGACAAAGGAGGUUCUACCGAUGUCCAGAUUGUUAUCAAAUUCACACCAGUUUUGCAUAGUAAAAACACAAACCACUCCAUUGGUUUUGUGCUCUACCAAAACGACCGGUUCUUCAGGUCCAAGGCUUUCAGCGCUUCUUCAGGGACCAGCAGAAGGGUCAUCUCUGCUAACCUGGGACAAGUGUCUGGAUUACAUGUUGAGAUGCUCUUCAAGCCCACAGCUGUUCCCAACACCUCCCUCUAUGACUUUGCCUGCGUGUCAUGGAACUACACGUUGAAAGACUGGAGCACCUUUGGCUGCUCCAAAGUCAACCACUCAGCAGACGGCCUGCGAUGUUUCUGUAAUCACACCACUAACUUUGCUGUGCUGAUGUCGUACAGGAAGGAUUUUAAAUACCCUGCGCUCACCAUAUUGGGAUGUUCCAUGUCAAUCAUUGGGUUGAGUUUAACAAUAACAUUCCAGAUGGUGACCAGGAAAUCACGCAAAACCAACCCAACGGUCCUCUUAGUGAGCGUCUGCAUGUGUCUCCUGAUCUUCACCCUCCUCUUCAUGUUGGGAGUGGACAACCCUCAUAAACAGCUGGGCAAACCUGAAAUACAGAAGGACAACAUUCUCCCCCCGUCCGACACACACACAGAGCGGGACAGAGGUCCCUGUACUGCAGUGGCAGUCCUGCUGCAGUACUUCCUGUUGGGGACGUUCACCUGGAACACGCUGUUCGCCACACAUGUCUUCCUGAUGAUCAGAAACAGCCUGGCCACCAGCCCGUCACACUUCACAGCCUAUACCGUGGCCAUCGGAUGGGGACUGCCUGCAGUUGUGGUGGCCCUCACCUUAGGAAUUAGUUACAGAGUGGAUGAUCCACUGGGUUACAGGCAGGAAGAAUUUAGCUGGCUUGCUGCCCUCGAUCCAAAGGGGAACUUUGACUUCAAGCUGCCAAUGUUUUGGGGUUUCCUGAUUCCUGUGGCGUUCAUGCUAAUCUUCAACACGGUGGUGUUGCUUUGUUUUGCAGUUAAGACCAACCCACAUUUAACCAGUACAAGACACACAUCGAUGAAGAAGAAGUUCCUCAGUAGCUUUUCUCUGGCUGUGGUGCUCGGUCUCUCCUGGAUCCUGGGCUAUCUGUUGCUCAUUACACAGAACCAGACCAUGUACACCAUACUCAACAUCUCCUUCUGUGUUCUCACCACCACUCAGGGCUUGCAGAUUUUCAUUAUGUUCACAGCAAGAACAUCAAUUGUCAAGAAAAAAUAUUUCAAGUACUUUGAAAUCUGCCUCUAGUGUUGGGAUCCCUCUUCACACUAGGAAGUUCAGUCUAUGGCGAGGCGAGCACAGUGAUAAAGUAGAAUCAUACACACAUCUGGACACUGAUCUGUCAUUUUCACCUUGUUCCACAGACAUCUAACUGAUGGGCUGCAAGUUCAACCUCUGUUGUAAAAUAUCUCAUAUACCUCCACUAUUGUCCUAUAAUAUACAGUAUAAUACACACAACAUUUUGUAUGACGUAUAUUCACUGUGAAUUCCCUUAGAAGUUGUGUUGUCCAAUGAACUAUCAAAAUAAAGGAAGUGGCACACUGCAUGCAUCAUCUCCCAACAAUUUAAUGGGUAUUUACCAACGUUUCGGCAUCACUGUGCCUCCCUCAAUGAUUUUUUUGACACAAAUGCUGUAUAUCCUGAAUAUUUGUUCUUUCUAAAAUGUUACUGUUUUUAAAUAAAUCUGUGAUUAUUCU